AUGAAAAUACAUUUGUCAUCAGAUGAAGUUAAUCUACUUGUUUAUCGCUAUUUAGUAGAGAAUGGUUUUGUUCAUACCGCAUAUGCAUUUUUGAAUGAAGGAAAUAUAUCAAAGAAUACAUAUUAUGUAAGUCAUUGUGAUAAAUUGCCCAGUAAUGCAUUGGUAUCAUUUUUACAAAAGGCAUUGAUAUAUAUUUAUAUAGAAUAUCAUACUGAUCAUAAAGAUGGAAAAAAAAUUAGUUGUGAGGAACCAUUCUCCUUUUUUCGAAGGCAUGAAUGCUGGAAUGAUGAGAAUAAUUCAUCAGAGAAUGAAAAUAAAACAGAGCUUCAAUUAGAUAAUAAAAUUUCAAGUAAUAAUUUAAACAGUUUUGGAACUAGUAAUAAUAGUAAUAAUCGAAAUAAUGAUAAUGAUGAUAGUAAUAAUAGUAGUAAUAACUACAAUAACACCAAAAAAAAUAAUAAAAACAAUAAUAAUAACAAUAAUAACGACAAUAAUAAUAAUAAUCCGAAGGAAAAUCCAAAUCCCCAAAAACCUAAAGCAAGCAGACCGCAUAUAUAUAGUAGCAGCUUUUCCAAUUUCGCUAGCUUAAACUAUAAUGAUAGUAAUUUAUCCUUUAAGGAUAUCAAGCGGAAUUAUGUAAGCAUUUUUGCUCAAGCUAAAACUACUAAAAAAAAGUCAAAUAAAAGAACAAAUAAUAACGAUGAAUCAAAAGAAAAAAAUGUGAAAGAAGAAUCGAAUAGUACUUCGGGUAAUCAAAAGAAGAAAUCUAAGGCUACGAAAUCAUCCAGCAAAUCAAAUAAAGUGACAGAAAGCGAUAAUAAUAAAAGUGAAGAUGGCGAUGGCAAUUUAUUGUAUGAUAAAAAAAAGAAAAAAACAUAA